UCAACGCUAGUAAAAGGAUUUAAUCUUCUUGAAUCUCAACAGCAACAACAUGAACAGCAUCAUCGACCACAACGACAAAGAGAAGUUGGUGGUAUCAACGUUAGUAAAGAUUUCGUCAACCUUAACAUGAAGAACUUGUCAAUUGUUACUUCAGCUGGAAUUGUCAGUGGAGUGUUGGCUGUUUUAUGGGAAUUAGCAGAAUUGUUUGAUAAACUUGAGCAAGAUAGGGAAGCAGCAGAUAUUUAUGAAAUGUAUCUGGGGAUUGUCCAAAAAGAUGAAGAUAUAGAAAAAUAAGAGAAUGCUAUGAAAUAUCUGAUACAAAUAUACGAAGAAAAAGAGCGUUAUUACUUACGAAAUUCAAUGGAAGCGAAGUUACAAGAAAUCAUUAAGAAGAAGAACGAAAAAGAAUUGCAGUUACAAGAAUGGAAAUACCUUGGUGAAUCAACAAAACAUAAAGAAUUAUUCCAAAGACUUAUUGAGUAUGGGCGCAAUCUCAGCAUCAAGGUUGAAUAUGUGGGUAAUGUAUGUGUAAUUUUCUCUGAAGAGUUUUGUAUCGGCAAAGGAAGUGAUGGAACACGUGUUUAUCUUGGACUUGGAAAAGAUGGUUACGGUAAAGCAGUGAAACGAAUACGACGAGAUAACAAUCUUGCUCUGCAAGAAAACACAAUUUUGAAUGAAAGCAAUGCACAGAAGUCGGAGUAUGUUGUUAAUUAUUCUUACUUAGAACAAGAGAGUGGAACAGAAUAUGUAUAUUUAAUACUUGACCUGUGUGAAGAAUCACUGCAGGAUUUUGUACUGUCAGAAGCAAAUUCUUUGACUUGUCUUCAAAAAACUCUUCCCGAAAUUCUCAGACAAAUUUUAAAAGGAUUAGCUGAUCUUCAUAGCGAGCCACGUCCUAUUCUUCAUCGAGAUUUAAAACCUUCAAAUGUUCUACGAGACGCACAAGGUAAAUUUUAA